CACUCAUUGUUUUUUGUUGGAUGGCUAGAUAUUUCUUUUUUUUGAAUGAAAUGUCACCCUCUUCUCCUUCUUAUAUUUGCGAUUAGGACAAAGUAGGACGACCCGAAUCCGUCACGUUUUAUUCCGAUCCUGAAUUUUAUGGGACAAACCGGGAUUAGAUUGUAAUCCGAACCGUUCCGGACCGUUUAUAUAUAAUGGGACAAGACGUGAGACAACCUAAAAUCCGAACCGUCCCAAUCCGUGCCCACCCCUAGCGUCAUCCUUAGUGAGAUCGGGGUCUUCAAAUGAGAGCUACUUGGGUAAGUGAGAUAGGCACAAAGGAUGCACCCCUCGCCUUAGAUCCGAGAGCAAAUAGUUCACGUCGUGGAAGACGGAUAUAUAGGAGUGCGUCGAGAUGGACGGCUUACCUCGGCCUCGCGAAUAAUAUCGUCGCGGACGAUUUGGAGCGCCUCGCGGCCUCGCGGGGAGGGCUUACCUCGGCCUCGUAGAAGAGGAAAAAAGGAUUGCAUCGUGAGAGACAGAUGAGAGUGCGUCGCGGUGGACGUCUUACCUUGACCUCAUAGAAGAGGAUAAAAGAUCACGUCGUGGAAGACGGAUGGGAGUGCGUCGCGGUGGACGUCUUACCUCGGCCUUGCGAUAUUAUCAUCGCGGACGAUCUUCAACACCUCGUAGAGAGGUUUUACCCGAUCUUGCUAAGGAAUGAACAAAUGAGCUGGAUCUGAGCCGUGCCAUGAGGCAGGUCACUGACCUGUGUGGCGUGUUAGAUUAAGCUUCACACGCGUCCCACACCAAUGCUUAAAGUGUUGAACACAAAGGGCCUGUUCUUUUGGACUUG